AUGUCCGUUGAUUCGCUUGGAUCAUGGGGCAUGAAGCGGAAACGACGAUCGCGACAGUUUAGUCAGACUCUGAAGUCUUCCAUUACACCAGCUAUACCGUUGUUGGGCCAGGUAAUCGGUGAGAAUGGCGAAUCGACCAACCUGGACCUUGACGAAGGAGCCUUCUUUGGAUUUUGCACUGAUUUAAGAGAUAGUGAAGUAAUACGCCUUAUCGAAACCAUUCAAAGGGAUGAUGCUAAGCAGUUUUCAAGUUUUGUGUUCAAACGAAUAGAAUCACUUACUAUGAACGUAAUCCUGACUGAACUUCCCUCUGCUGAAUACAUGGCAAGAUCGUUCUGGAAUGCACUGAAUAACAUUGGCCUCCUUCACACAGCAUGCAUUCUGUCUGCCCACGCCAUUAUCGAUGAGCUUCUGAGACGCAAUGUCACUUUCUCGAUGACGGAUGUAAAUGCCGCACCCUCUGAGUGA